AAAAUUAAGAAAAAAAAAAACUCAAAAUUCCACUUCUAAUGCAUGCGCAACUCUAUGUGGGUCCACAACCACACACAUCAUUCACAGGGCAUCAUGGAAGAAGACACCCAAGUCCCGGUUACACUUCCGGAAACUACUGCAACAAUACCCACUGAUCCCACUCCUAUUUCUACCACUACGCCACCUCCUAUUCAAGCUCCCCUCCCCAAUGUCGUCCCUAUUCUCCCUACACCUCUUCCAGCCCCACUUCACCCCCCUCUUGCCCCUCCCAUCACACCCCCAGUCAUGCGUCCCCUCGCACCCAUUCCAUCCAUUCCUCCCCCAGUCAUCCGCCCACUAGCACCCCUUCCUGUCCGGCCCCCUGCCAUCCGCCCACCACUUGCUCCACCCAGCCAAAAUGGUGAAACAAAUGGUUCGGAUUCGGGUUCGGAUCGUGAGGGCUCACCCAUUGAUUAUGAGGUCUCAGAAGAGAGUAAGCAGUUACGAGAGCGGCACGAGAAAGCAGUGCAAGAUCUCUUGAACAAACGGCGGGCUUAUGCAUUGGCUGUGCCUACCAACGACUUGGCUGUUCGGGCCCGUCUUCGCCGGCUUGGUGAGCCGAUCACUCUUUUUGGGGAGAGGGAGAUGGAAAGGCGCGACCGGCUGAGAUCAAUCAUGGUGAAGCUUGAUAUAGAAGGGCAGUUGGAGAAGCUCCUGAAAGCCCAUGAGGAGGAGGAAGAUGGUGCUGCAGCAGCUGGGGAAGAGGGGGAGGGAGAAGGUCCACAGCAAUACCCUUUCUAUACUGAGGGCCCGAAGGAACUCUUGGAAGCUCGGAUUGAGAUUGCCAAGUAUUCUCUUGUGAGGGCUGCAUCGAGGCUUGAACGGGAUAGGAGGAGAAGGGAUGACCCAGAUGAAGAUUUGGAUGCAGAGAUGGAUUAUGUUUUGAAACAGGCAGGCAGUUUCACCCUUGACUGUAGUGAAAUUGGCGAUGAUCGACCACUUUCAGGGUGUUCGUUUUCGAAUGAUGGAAAGCUGCUUGCCACAAGUGCUAUGAGUGGAGCUGUUAAAAUAUGGAGCAUGCCUCAAGUCAGGAAGGUUGCCACCUUAAAAGGUCACACUGAGCGUGCAACUGAUGUUGCAUUUUCUCCUGUGCACAACCAUUUAGCGACUGCCUCUGCCGAUGGCACUGCAAAAGUCUGGAAUGCUGAAGGGUCUCUUUUAAAAUCAUUGGAGGGCCAUUUGGAUCGUCUUGCCCGCGUCGCAUUUCAUCCAUCUGGAAAAUACUUGGGUACCGCUGGCUUUGACAAGACAUGGAGAUUGUGGGAUCUUAAUACUGGGGCUGAGUUGUUGCUUCAAGAAGGCCACAGUAGAAGUGUUUAUGGGAUCUGCUUCCACCGUGAUGGAUCUUUAGCUGCAUCAUGUGGGCUAGAUGCACUUGCUCGUGUCUGGGACCUGCGCUCGGGAAGAAGCAUACUUGCCUUGGAAGGCCAUGUUAAGCCGGUUCUUGGAAUUAGUUUCUCCCCUAACGGUUAUCACUUAGCCACUGGAAGUGAAGAUAAUACAUGCCGAAUCUGGGAUUUAAGGAAGAAGAAAUCUUUGUACGUAAUACCAGCUCAUUCGCACCUUAUUUCGCAAGUCAAGUUUGAACCCCAAGAGGGAUAUUUUCUGGUAACCGCUUCAUAUGAUACUACAGCUAAGGUUUGGUCGGCUCGAGAUUUCAAGCCUAUAAAGACACUAGCGGGACAUGAAGCAAAAGUUACAUCUCUAGAUAUCGCUGCAGAUGGACAAUGCAUUGCAACGGUUGCACAUGACCGUACUAUCAAAUUGUGGUCCAGCAGUGGCAGUGGAAAGGAUAACACUAUGGAUAUUGAUUAGCUCAGCCCCAAUUCCUUAUACCAUGCAGAAGAAAAAUCAACGAUGGAUACUCCAUAGCAAUCGUUGCACAUGACCAUAUAAACAAAUUGUGGUCCAGCAGUAGCAGUGGAGAGGAGAAAGCUAGGGAUACAUAUUAGCUCAGUUCUCUUGGAGAGGCUUUUGGCACGGCUUAUGUAUUGAAGUCUGAUAAAUAGAGAGAGUAUGUUUUUGUUUUUUUCUUUUUCUUCCCAAGUAUAAAAUGUGAAAAUUGCCUGGUUGUUACAUGCAGACUACAGUCUGCCUGCCCUUGUUGAAUGAAUGGGCCGUCGUUCUGACAA